AUGACCCGCGUCAUGGGAAGGGCUGCCUCGGCCACGGUCAGGCGCGCUCCUAGCCGGGCCGUUGAGAGGAGAGCUCGAAGACACAAAGUCAUUAUGGAAUCUGUGACUCAAGAGAAGAAGAAACUUCGAAGUGUCCAUGUUCAUCGGAUAGGUUACCAUUUUCCCAGUACUGUGGUCGCAGCUGUCUGUUCUGAGCAAGGUCUUUAUCUCACAAGCAACGGUAAAACGUUACCUAUCUAUGCCAUGGGCAGGAUAGAAACCCAGACGCGGGCUGCAUCCGAAGCCUCUCAGAAAACGAUCAACACAGAAGCUCGAAAUACCAUCAGAGAUCUUUUCCCAAACAUACCUGACAAUGAUUUGAGCCAAAUUAUCACGACUGCCUUUCAAAAGGGCCAGAAAAAAGUUGGAACGGCCACCGAAUUGCCUCUUCCUCGCAGAGCGCAACUUGCGGUGGUUGCUCACAUUCGACAUGUCUACACUAACUAUGAUCGCCUUCUGAAAACGACCUCAUUCCACGAAGCAAGAACAACCGUUGAACACCCGACUUUAGCCAAAGUCAUUGAAUGGCGAGGGGACGAUGAGAAUGGACAGACAGUCCUUGAGGAUGUCUUCCGCGAAGUGAUUGUCAUUUCCGACGAUGAAGACAGUGAAUCUGAAGAAGAUGCCGUUUCUAUAGCAGGUCAUCAAAACACCAGCGUGGAGAUACUUCCCAUCGAUGCCCGGAUCCAUGAAACCCGCACUCAGCCUAUCAGCAAUGCGAAAUCUAGUCAGGACUUCCCCCGGGACUUGUCAGAGGAAGCACCACCUGGAUUCCGGUUUGUUACAAGAGUUCCCGCAAAUCAUUACGAUAAUCGCCGUGGAUUCAGCAGAUACCAAGCAUGGAAUCGUGCCAUCAAGGAAUACAGAGAGGGUAUACAGGGCACUGAACAACCCAGAUUUUCCGGUGCUCUGGCAGAAAAGCAAAGCCCGCGAUACACAGAAAAACGCACUGCUGCACCAGAAACACCCCCUGCUAGACGCCAGGAUGCUCUUCCCCAGCACCCCGAGGUUCAUCGGCGAGUCAUUCCAGGCUCGGCCAGCAUUGAUAACCAGGGACAGCGUAUGCCUACUAUUCCACUAAUGGACCGACAGGUGGCCAAGAGACAUGUAGGUGUCCAGGAUAAUCACAUUCAUUUGGACGCCCAGCAAAGUUCCUCGGCCUAUAAACUCAACAAAACCGGACUAACCACCCAGGAAUCACCCGAGUUGCAAGUAUUGGAAGAGCUUUGCGGACCCAGGGAGAUUUAUCGUCGCGCUGAGCUUGCCCCAGGACACCGCCCCCAGGAACAACCCCAAUUUCGUCGGGACUUUAUGCCAAUGGAGCAACUAUCUGCUGUAGGAUACCAACGCCCGGUUGCCUAUGUCAGUGGCCAACAUGGCCAAGAUUCAAGGUCAGUUUUGGAUCGCCAACGUGUGAGCGGACCACAGGAGCAUCGUUCUCCGAAUUUGGUCUCGGGCUCUAGUGUUAUUGUCUCGGGGGGCGAACGCACCUUCAGAGCACCUCCGGCUGUUUCUGGACCCAGAAACAUGAACAUGGUCCACUUGCAGGAUGUUCCUCCCUUGAGGGUGGAUCCCAUUCCUCGGACAGAAAGACUGCCUCAUCAGUUGGAGAACAGGCCAAAUGCCCCUGUGUUCGUAAGUGGACCAAAGGAGAAGCCUCAGAAUAAUUUGGCCCCCGGGCGCCGUCCUGGCGUCACUUCCCCCCAAACCAGGCCAGGUUCAAACAUACAGGAUUCCGUCGUACCAUCAAUCGAAAAGAAUGGCUGGCAACCCGAAAGCUGGCGAGCCGACACUGCUCACCCUUUGGUCCAUAUGGCUAAUAGGAUGUCGCUUCGAUCAGUCACGCCUGGUCGACCACAGGGAGAGUUGAUACAUCACGCUGAUGCCAUUGAAAAGGACAGUAACGGUGAUCAGCCGAACAAGAAGAGACGCCUGGCAAGUCAAGGAUCUCGGAUUGACCCCCGGAUCGCAAGGCCUACGGGAUUCCCCAUCUCCGAAGGAUUCGGGCCCAGAGAGAUUUAUCGUCGUGCUGAGCCUGCACCAGAACAUUGGCAUCCUUACCAUGACCAUAAUCCCCGUUUGGAUCGCAUUCCCAGUGACCAGAGAGGGAUGCGACGAAAUCCCAUGGACGGUCGCAUUAUGCCAGAGAACCCCCAGGACAGGAGCUUAUACGCCGAUGGAUUCGUCCGACCUGUUGACCACCGUGAGCCCCCUUCGUUUGAAUACUCUUCUCGGCGCCUCGCUCCCGAGGCCAAGCCCAAGUCCAUGGGAGAUCUAUCUCAACCCACCCGGACCAGACAGAGAGACAUCGACUACCUUGGCACCAAGCAUAUCUCCCAGUCCCAGGUUUCGUCUGAUCAACGUGGCCCAUUACCCAUAAACUUGCGAGUGGCUCGUCCUGACCAUCUCCGCGCCUUCUCGGACUCCACGGCAAAGACUCAACCUCAUGCGUCUCCUCCCCAAGUCUCUCGGGAAAGACCACUCAGUGGCGGUGGAUUCAUCUCCUCGCGGUAA